AUGGCAGCAUCGUGUCCAGCUCUGUUUGACGACUAUCUCCUCUGCUCUGUGUGCCAGGAUGUUUUCAGAGAUCCUGUGUUAUUACUGUGUACUCACAGCUUCUGCAGGACGUGCUUACAGCAGUACUGGCAACACACUGAAUCCCCAACAUGCCCUCUGUGCAGAACAAACUCUUCUAUUGAUAAUCCUCCAUGUAACCUGGCUCUGAAGAACCUGUGUGAGGCGUUCAUCCGAGAGAAACAGCAGAAGACUUCAGCUGAAAGUGAGGUGCUGUGUGGUCUGCAUGGUAAAAAACUUACACACUACUGUGUGGAAGAAAAACAGCCGGUGUGUGAGGAGUGUCGGACGUCUGAAAUACACGCCAACCACCAGUUUAAACUGCUGGAUGAAGCGGCUGUGGAUCUUAAGUCGGACCUGAAAAGAAAACUCGCACCACUAAAGGAGAAACUGACAUUUUUCAAAAACAUUAAGUUCACCUUCGUCACUACUGAAGAAUACAUCAAGAGUCAGGCUUACUCCACCGAGGCUCGGAUUAGGAGCGAGUUUGAAAAGCUUCACCAGUUUCUCUGGGAUGAAGAGACGAACAGAAUUGCAGAACUGAGAAAGGAGGAGAAGCGCAGGAGUCAGACAGUGAUGAAGAAACGUACACAGAUCAACCGAGACAUCGCAUCUCUCAUAGAAUUAUGUACUGGGAUCGAGAAGGAAAUAGAAGGCAACAAUAUUUCAUUUUUGCAGAAUUAUGAAGCUACUGUGAAAAGAACUCAGUGUGAGCUGAAGAAUCCUGAGAUCAUCUCUGAUUCACUGAUCGAUGUGGCAAAGCACCUGGGAAACCUGAAGUUCAGAUUAUGGGAGAAGAUGCAGAGUAUUAUACACUACUCUCCUGUAAUCCUAAACCCCAACACUGCUCAUCCUUACCUGCAUCUGUCUAAUGAUUUGACUGAAGUGAAGCUCCGUACCAGGAAUCCAGACAUCCCAGCUAACCUUGAAAGAUUUGACGACUACUCGAGUGUCCUUGGCUCGGUCGGUUAUGACUCGGGAACGCACAGUUGGGACGUUGAGGUGGGGGACAGCACAGCCUGGGCUGUAGGAGUGAUUUCCGAAUCUGCAUACAAGCACAGGAAGAACCUGUCGAAGCCCGGUCUGUGGCACGUGGGUUACUACAAAGGGAAGUAUGGAAACGGUCUGUCCGAUAAGAUGCUCAUUCCACUCAGACUUCAGGACAAGCUGCAAAGGAUCCGCGUGAUUCUGGACUGGGACGGAGGACGUGUCUCAUUCUACAACCCUGUCGGUAACACCCAUGUACACACUUUUGAACACAUGUUCACCGAGCGAGUGUAUCCGUACUUCUGUAAUGUCUGUCCUGCUAACACUUUAAGAAUUGUACCGGUGGAAAUCGCACUCACUGAGGAAUGGUGUGAGAAGUGA